GUGUCCGGGCGCCAGAAGGUGGGCUCGGAUGGAGGUGUCGGGAGCGGGUGAGUCUAACACGUCCGAACUAGACUGACAUCAUUUGCUUCAGACGCAGUGCAUGCGCAACGAGGCAUCGUCUAGGCAUCGGCGGCCUCGCAUUUGGCUACCAACUUGCAAAACAAUGAGACAGGUAACAAAUACUGUCGUCCGUGCAUCUCCGAGGCGGUAACUCGCCAACCCAUCCGCCCCUGUUAAAAGCCUCUCGAUGGAUCAGAAUCUGUCAACCUACUCUAUAACGCGCUCACACCCACACAUUAUAGCACCCGUUGUAAUCAAUACCCAACCCAACGACAACACCGAUGAACGACGCGUGCUCUCCCGUAAUGAACGUUCCCCUCGAGAUUCUGCAAGAGGUUUUCCUCCAUCACCGCGACCUCGUCCAUGGGCGUUCGCGGGGCCAGUCGCAGUCUCACCAGGACAGGUGCACCGUCAAACGCAGUCCGGGGUAUAGCUGGAUCGCUGUCUCGCACGUUUGCCACAGAUGGCGGGUCGCUGUCGUCCACUGCCCGCCGCUCUGGACGUAUCUCUCCGUGACACGAAGCGCCGAGUGGAUGGCAGAGGUCCUCACGCGUUCAGGCAGCAUGCUUCUCCAUGUAACCGCCGAGCUUGGUGCAACGCUGGAUGGCGAUAAGACACGUGCCUUCCAGAUGGUCCUCGCCCAGCUUCACCGCACCAGGUCGCUCUGUGUCUCUGGCCGAGUCGGCGACGAGAUCGUUCCGCUGUUUGCGAGCCCUGCUCCGAGACUCGAGCGACUCGUUCUCGACCACGUUGUAUUACCAACCCCGGCCGAUCCCAAGAACCGCGACGAUGCCCAUAUCCACUUCCCGUCCUUCCUCCAGCGCGAUCUCACCCCACGCCUAGAGUACGUCGAGCUGGACGCGUUCCAGCCUCAGCUCCAUGGGCCCUGCGCCGACUCGCUGAAGCAUCUCGUCUUCCGCCACCGCGUCGCGGGCACGCUGAUGGGCAGACGCUACACCGGGCCGUGCCUGCUCAGCCUGCUCUCCGCGCUGCAGAACAUGCCUUCGCUCGAGUCCGUCGCGUUCGACAAAGAGGCGCACGUGAUGCUCGGCCCUGCGGCAGAGGCGGAGCUCCAGGGCAGCCUCCCCGACGUCGUCUUGCCAUUCAUGCGCUCCAUGCACGUCCAUGGUACCGCCGAAGAGUCCGUCGCGCUCCUGGGCCAUCUCACUCUCCCCGCCUUGGCCGACCUCUCACUCUCCUGCGCGCGCAACAGCACCGAGUACUCAGAGGCGCUCCCCGCGGCGCUCGCGCACACGCUUGCCGCCGUGCCCGAGACUCACACCCUCCACCUCGCACAGUUUACCGGGAGCGGAUUCCACCGCUAUAUGCGCUUCGCGGGCUACGCCGCGCCCGCGCUCGGGUCGGCUCCGGCGCAGACGUUUGAUGUCAUGGUCGACCGGGGCUACGGCCGCGAGGAGAUCGUGCCGAACAUGUGUCGCGAGCUCCCGCUGGAAGCCGUGCGCGAGCUGACGAUCGACAGUCAGGAGGACCUGUCAGAGUCGACGUGGCUCGCGCUGCUGGACGCGCUGCCGAACCUCGCGAGCAUCGCCGUCAAGGGCCCGUUCGCGCCGUACAAACUUCCGGAGGUGCGCUUUCGCUUGGAGAGUGCCAAGAGCAUUCAGGUGCAUGCUGGAGACUCGCCCAUGUGCCGACGUAUUCCGACUCUGCGCGCCUUGAACUGAAGGCCGUCUGACAGUAUUGUGCUCAACCACUACGACGCACGCCCCAAGACUGACGGACCCAAAUGAUCACCACUUUUUAAGUAUCCUG